AUGACCGGAAUUACGAAGAGAGAAGUUCGAACUGAGGGCGCACCAGCUCCUCUGCCUUUCUACUCCCAAGGUGUUGUAGUCGGUAAUAUGGUGUACGUAUCCGGAAGUCUAGCAAUUGAUCCCGUAACGGGAGAAUUUGUUAAAGGCUCCGUGGCAGAUCGGACAACCCAGAUCCUGACCAACAUCUCGAACAUCCUCAAGGCUGCAGGAACUGAUCUAGACAAGGCUGUCAAACUCAAUGUUUUCUUGACUGACAUGGCCAACUUUUCUGCCAUGAAUGAAGCAUAUGCUCGCUUCUUCACCCAAGGUGUUCGUCCUGUAAGUUCGCUGCUCUUGAAGUACGGGGAUAGUCUAACUCUUGCCAAUAAGAUCAGAACUUGUGUUGCGGUAAAGGAGCUUCCUUUCGGUGCCGAUGUUGAGAUCGAGGCUUCAGCCCAUCUGUAG